AAAACAAGGCCCGAAGGGAAUACUACUAAAAAAUUGGAACAGAAAACAUUUAUUUUUGUUAAAUUAGUUUUUGGCUUGUUUAUAAUGUUUACAUCACGUCCAAAACCCACAACUGCUUCUCUCGGACCCAUGAAGCAGUAUGCCACUCGUGGAGAAAAUAUACCGCUCCAGAAAAACUGGAUGGAAACCUGGUGUACCUUGCCUGAGGCCUUUGAUGUAUAUCUGCAAGAAAUUUUAGAAUUUGAAGUUCGAAAAGAUGAUGUCUUUGUUGUGACUUUUAUGAAGUGUGGCACUACUUGGAUGCAAGAGACUGCCUGGCUAUUGAUGAAUAAUUUGGAUUUUGAUAAAAGCAAAAGAGAAUUUUUAUUGGAUCGCAGUGUGUUCAUAGAAAAUCAUGGCGUUGUUAAGGGUACCCCCAAUGGUGUGAAACUUAGUCAAAAAAUUCCCAGCCCCCGUUUGUUAAAAUCUCAUCUGCCAGCCAGUUUGCUACCCCAACAAGUUUGGCAGAGAAAACAGAAGGUGGAGUUGUUGGCGGUUGUCGAAAUUGUUAUCUAUAUAUUCCAAAAUGUUUUGCCCUAA